AGUAAUUUUCUUCAUUUGAUUUGUGAAGUUUCUAAAUAACUUCAUCCUGCAUAAUCCAUCCGAAUAUUAACUUACAAAGUUGCCUUUUAGCCAGGCUUUGUUUAUCUUUUAAUCAUUUACACUAUAUAACCAACCAAAACAAACCUCAUCUUUCUCCUUCAUUCACAAAAACAAUAACUUCUCUCUGUUCUUCUUCUCUUGUCUCUCUUCUUUCAAACCUCAAGAACCAAAAACAAAAUGGAGUUGUUCACGAAAGGUAACAACGUUAAGUUACGAAGCCACCUAGAUAAGUUUCUAGUAGCCGACGAUGACCAAGAAACCAUCCGUCAAAGCCGUAAAGGAGAUACACGGCGAGCCGUUUGGACGGUGGAGCCAGUCGUCGAUAAACCUAAUCUGAUAAGGCUGAGGAGCAGCCACGGUACGUACUUAACUGCGAGUAACAAACCGUUGCUGUUAGGUAUGACCGGUGAGAAGGUGACUCAGACGACGUCAUUUAACAAGCUGAUGGAUUGGCAAACGCAGUGGGAACCGGAGAGAGAUGGGUUUCAGGUGAAGCUGAAGUCGUGGUGCGGCAAGUGGAUGAGGGCUAACGGUGGAACGCCACCGUGGAGAAACUCUGUUACUCACGACGAGCCUCAUACGUCGAAGACCAAGAACUGGUUGAUUUGGGAUGUUAUAAACGUUGAUGUUUCUGAUCUUGAAACCAUGUCUGAUGGAGAUGAUGAGAGUUCUGUUUCUUCUCCGGUUUCUGAAUUCGGGUCAGAACCCGAGUCACCCGUUUCUGUCGGAUCUAAGAAGAGUAGUAUUAGCCGGUUCGCUUCUCUUGGUUUACCUAUGUCUCCGAGAUGGUCCACAAAACCGAAGACAACGAGUAGCUUCAACCAAAAGGAAACAGUACCAACAGUCUCAGCGAUGGAGUUUUUCCAGAAAGCAAAAGCUGUUCGUAUGCGCAACAGUCACAACAAGUACCUAACAGCAGACGACGACGAAGAAACCGUUACUCAAAACCGCAACGGAUCAACCAAAAACGCUCGUUGGACCGUCGAGCCGGUUCGCGACUCGCACCACGUCAUACGUCUCAAAAGCUGUUACGGCAAAUACUUGACCGCUUCUAACGAGCGGUUCUUGCUCGGAGCUACGGGUAAGAAAGUGAUCCAGCUGAAACUGAGCCGGCUCGAUUCGUCUGUUGAGUGGGAGCCUGUUAGGGAAGGAUCACCUAAGAUUAAACUUAGGACUAGAUCCGGUAACUAUCUCAGAGCUAAUGGUGGUCUUCCUCCGUGGAGGAACUCGGUGACUCAUGAUAAUCCUCAUUUGUCGGCUACUCAGGAUUCGAUCUCUUGGGAGGUUGAUGUUGUUGAGAUCUUGAUUGAUUCUGAAUCCAAGAACGAGUCUCCUAAGAAGACGAUGACGCCACCUCCGCCGCAUCGGAGACCGUCGAGUUCGCCGUUGUCGGUUUCUCAUUCUAGGACUUCGUCUUCUCUUUCAGACAGAUCCGAUUCAGAUUCGGUUGAGUCUCCGCCUAAAUCUGAGGGGCGAACCAUUUACUACCAUAUCGCCGACGAAGAAGGACACGUGGAGGAUGAAACAACCGUUGGAUAUGCUUUCACGUUUAAAGGAAACAGUGUGGCGGAGCUGACUCAGACGUUGAGAGAAGAAACGUGUUUAGAGGACGCUGUGGUGUGCACUCGGAGUCCUUUAAAUGGCAAGCUGUUUCCUCUUCGUUUGCAGCUUCCUCCUAACAAUGGAACUUUGCAUGUCGUUUUAUUUCCCUCCAGCGCUAGCCUCUAGACUUGCACAAACCAAAAUAAUUGAGCUAUGAGAUUGGGUGGUUCUUGUUUGGUGAAGCAUAUGAUAUGAACCUUAUAAGAAGAUAGUAUAAGAGUUGGUAGUUGGUACAAGACUCGUGGCCACGGAGGUAAAAAAGGCGUCGCACUUCAUCAGCAGCGUUUGACAUUAAAAUUAGUAUAGUAAGAGUUCUUGAUUAUAUAUAUAUAAGCUAGUAAGGAGUUAUAUAAUUCUUUUUGGGGAACAUAAUGCAAGUUGUUUGUCUUUGUAAAUAAGCGAUGAUUUCUUGGUAAACGAACAUUUUGAUUUUGAGGGUUUAUUUGCGUGAGCAUGGAUUCGCCAUAAACAAAUACUGUAAUAUCAUUAUAUUAGCUAGCAAAUGGGAAAAUUGGAAAUGAA